AUGGGUAUUAGUAAGAGCAAGUUCAUUUUAUUCGCCGCCUUUUUAUACGUUCUCAAAAAUUGUGUGAUCCAAAUGACCAGCAUAGUUGGUCAUCGAGGAUGUGGAACCAGUGAAGCGGGCGGUACUUCCCCCUACCCGGAAAAUUCAUUGUACUCAUUUAAGAAAGCAGUGGAUGAGAACAUUGAUGGAGUUGAAUUAGAUGUAUGGCUAACCAAGGACAAGGAAGUUGUGGUUAUCCAUGGCACGGAGGAUGGGCUACUUGGACACACCUUACUAUACGAUGAAGAUUCAAAAAAUAAACACAUAGAAGAAUUAACAGCUGAGGAAAUUCAGAGCUAUCAUUUUAAGGAACCAUGGAUCUUAACCAAAGGGAAGCAAUUUUAUCAACAGGGUUCCACCGCGUCAGGUGUAUCCAAUGUACAAAUAGAAAACGUCGCAACUAACCAUGCGGAGGGAGAAGGUGUAAUUAGCCACAACAGUAACAUCGUCUCAAAUUAUAACAGCGGUCAUGAUCAAGGUGGACAUUCUCACUUACAUGGUGUGAAAACCCUCACGAAGAAUGUACAAGAAAAUGUAAAAUUCGCUACCCUCAGUGAAACUGAAAAGAGCAAGAAACACAUGGAGUACGCAGAUUACAACCAGCCCUACAUAAAUAUGGAUGAGCUUGAUGAGCUGGAAACAAUGCUUAACGAAAAUUCUCUUCAGGAUUUGUUUCCACAGGAACAGGAACAGGAACAUGAAGAAGGAGCGGAGGGUCAACUACACAAAUCGUUCACAGACAAAACGAGCACGCAAAUGAAUGACCAACUGUUAGAGGAAAAAUUUAUUAAUUCCAUAAAAUGCAAUUACUGCAAAGACCUCUACACAAACUACGUAAUGAAAAAAAAUUAUGACUUGAAGAAAAAAAAAAAGCUGUUCAUAUUUUUAUCAAAGUUUUCUCACGUACCACUUUUAAAAGAUUUAUUAAAUUUGUAUAAGACCCAAAUAACUUACGACAUUGAGCUGAAGGGAACACAAGAAGAUUUGGGAAUUCACCUACUGGACAUACUCGAGAAUUACAAAAAUUAUAAAAUCAAAUUUAGCUCAUUCACAUGGCUACUACAAAAUGGACAGAUGAAAAAACAAAGUGAAGAAAAAAAUAUGGGGGAAAAUUCCCAUGACAAGUUGCAACAAAUCGAUUUAUUAAAAGCUGUUAGAAAUAACAAAUUAAAUAUCCCUGUUGCUCUGUUAUUUUCAGACGAUGAAGUAAUGCCAAAUUUUACUUCCAUUUUCUCCACCAUGAAGUAUUAUAAUGCCCAGUGGGCACAUUUUUCGUAUAGAUCCUUCAAACAACCAGUCGUCAUGAAUGGAAAUGAAGGAAACCAAAUCGUUAUUCCCGCCAAGGACUUCUUCCAGACGCUACAUAAUAGUAAUAAAAAAAUUAUGAUUUACUGGGGCACUGAAGAUAAGGAUCAAUACGAAGACCAUUUGUUUUAUAUAAAAAUGGGUGUCGACUCUCUAUGCCCUAAUAAUAUAGACAUUGCUAGGCAGGCCCGUUUGCACGCUUCCUCAACGUGA